GGUCGGUCUCGUUUGGGCCCGUUUUCCAUCUCUUGCUCUGCUGCUGCAGGCCGGGACCCGACACGGCAUUCCUUCCGCUUUCCAUCUCUUCCUCUCUCUCUUACGGUACUUCAUGUUGAAACCUCUCCCUCCAUUUGUUUGUCUUGAUUACUCCCGUCCUUGCCAUCCACUCGCUCAUUACGACAAUCACCGGGUCGACGGCGUAGACAGCCAACUUGAAGGAAGUGGAAGACGGAAAAAAAGGACAGGAGCUUGGACCGCGUCGCCCUCUCUCUGGCUCUCUCCUCUCUCCUCUCUCUUCUCGCCUCUUCAGUUCAGAGCCAGAUAGUACUCCAAUUGGACGUCAUUUCCCAUUCCUUCGGGGGUAGCUCCUUUUACUGGCGCUCCUUCUCCCUCCUCUUCUCUAUCGACACUGCUGCAUCACUUGUUGUUGUUGUUGUACUUGGAAUCGCCCCUUUCUCUCUUGACUUCUACUUUGCAUUCGCAUUGUCCGUUACCACGCCGAUACAUCAAGCAUCCGCUCGACACCAUUAUCAAAUCGUCUGAUUAUCCUCACCAUGUCGUCCAAGCCAGACCCGAGCGGAACAGGCCACUCUGCCUCCUCUAAACGCUUUCAGCUGCCCGCCCUUGACUUCAGCUUUGCGCCUUUGACCGAAGGUACCGAUAUCCCACCUCCCGAACCGUCGCCGAGGAUCAGGGACGAGGCGACGGGAACAUCAGACGGGGAGGAUCUCGAGGAAAAAAACACAAACGGAAGUGGAAAUGGGUCCCUGGCUCCACCCAAUGGAAAAUCCAGCAGACCACAUGUAUCCUUGCUGACGUCGCCCAUGUCGUCCACGUCCGGAACCACCAAGUCGUCGUCAGGUGAAGACCACCUCACAUCACCCACGACGUCGUCGAGUCGCAAUGGAACCAUCCGCCGUAUGCUCAGUCGCCACAAGCUGAGAAGCCCCCACGUCAACGGCGACGAGACAAUUGCCGAAAAUGGAGCAGCAGUGUCGCCGACCCAGGAACAGCAGCAGCAGCAGCAGCAGCAGCAGCAGCAGACGACGAAUGCUCGGCCGCCGUCUAGCAACCGACCGCCGAGUAGCAACAACAAUAAUGAAGUCAAAAAGUCGAGACGGGUCAGUGGGUGGUUUGGCAAGAUUUUGGGGGGAGGCGACAAGAGCUCGACCACCAGGAACAGGCGCGCCAGUAUGAUGGCUCCCUUUCUUAGCUCGCCAUCUUCCCCUGAACCGGCACCGGUACGACCCCUUACGGAAAACAAGCCCAAAGGCCCGCCACCCCCAAAGAUCCCCGAGCUCAGCCAGCUCAAGUCUAAGCUAGACACGAAAGACGAUGGGGGCCUUCUUGGGGAUGAUUUGUUCAGGGACAUAAAAUAAGCGGUUCACAACCACCACAACAAAGAGGCAAAGUGAACAAGAGGCACAUCAUAUUCGCGACAGGCGGGAGUCAUAAAUAUGUGGAGGCUGGAAGCAAUGCUCAGGUCAGACUUCCCAUGAAGAAGCGACGAGUGAGAGAUCAUAAGACACACUUGUUGAGGGGUUGUACGCGGUGGUAACGUGGGGGGAGAGUGAUCACCAAGAUGGAUUGAGACGGUGGAUGUGGCGGAGGUUCCAGAGAUACCCAACUCUUUUGUUUUGUUUGUUUGUUUCCUUUUCCACUUCUUUCAACCGGGUCAUUGUUCGGGGUUUCCCAUCUUCACAUGCAUGAUGAAACAUUUUUCUUUUGUUUUGUUUUUUUCUCAAAAAAAAAUCUGUUUCUUGAGUACAGGGCAGAGGGGCUGCUCCAACAUGUACAAGUCAUAUCGCCAAAGAGGAGACCAAAGGGGUCUUCCUUUUACAUCUACAAGCAGUUGUUAUUUUCAAUAACACCAAUUUGAGACGUCACGGGGUUGCAUUGAAGUUGACGAUGGAUAUUGGGGAAGGUUCUCGUACACAAAACGUGAUGGUGGUAAGAGAGAAUACCUCAAGCAAAGUCACAUAUAGCCAAGUUCUCAAAUAAUAUUACAGAGUGUGAUCGA